CCAUGUUCAGAGAAGUGCAAUCCACAGUCCUCAUCAUUCAAAAAGUAUAUUAAUCUACAAAACAAAAUAGAUUUGAGCUUGUGAAGUAAACAACAACAUCAGCACAGCACAGGCAGUCUUGCAUCUAACCCAUUGUUACAACACUCCACAGUCACCCUUACUAAACAUAGCAGUUUUACUGCACUGUCACUGUAGGAAUGGUGUUCUUUGGCAGGUUAACUUUGGAACUGUAAAAUAGGCAGGUAUAUUUGCCAUAUAUCCUAAUUAAACACAUCUGCACCAGCUAAACAAAGUCUUCAGGAUUACCUUUCAGGCAAGUGUGUUUGGUCAGACUGAACCUGAACUACUUGGCCUUCAGGAACAGGAACGGAACACCCCUGGUUUAAUACAUUUCAUAGCAAUUAAAAAAUAUUCCCUUAAUGUCCCUGCCCUGUUUUCAAGUGGUCUAAUACCAGUGGCGUACCGUGGGGUUUCAGUCAGGACCUUCAGUAAGCAACUGUAAACUACAUGCACACAUCUGACACAUCUCUGUUACAGCUAACACAGUGAUAGGAACAUUUUAUAAUGCAGUCACAAAAUAAUGCACAUAUAAUGCCCAUUAUGUCACACACAGGCUCUCAAUAACAAUGACGGCUGAUCAACAAUUUCAACAGUAGGCCAGAUUAGGGUGGGUUAAAGGCAGAGUAAAUUUCCCUACAUGGAUCAGUAAAAGUAAUCAGCCAAUACACGGGUAACUAUGCACAUUCACGUCACUCUAAAAUGUAAAUAAAGUCCAUGGGUCUGUCAUUCCAUGUCCCUUUACUCGUAUUAAAAAGUAAACACUGCCAACAAAAUAACUUGUGCUCGGUACUAGCUGUUAGCUAUUCAUAGCACUCAUAGUUGCAAACUUUGAAAUGGCACAUAAAAACUUUGCUGGCCUUUGUUAGCAAAUUCAGUUUGGGUGCAGGUCUUCCUUUCUCAGUUAAUGUUAUUCUAUUUUGUCUCCAAAGAGUGUCUUGAAAAGGGCAUUUUUAGAAGAUUAGCAACAAGAUAUGGUGUAGGCGCCGACGACUGCGGCUGUCAUUUUCUUUUCGUUGAAUUUCACAUUUGUACCUUGGAAAUCCCUGACCAUAGGGGCGGUCUAAACACUGGGGGUAGCACUGGGCACGUCGCUAGACCCAGAGGGCGUGCUGUCAUUGAACGUCAAAAUUUGAUUGGCUGAUGAUUCUGUCAUUAAUGCUUGUAACAAAUCAGAUGUGACGUCUUUCAACAAAAGGGUAGCACUAUCUGUAGUGCUGGCCGCAGACUUUUUAUGUAGGAUAUUCCAGUUCAACCUCAACGAAACUAAUCAUAGGCAAUUUUGUGGACAUUACACAAAUGAAAAUGAUACCUAAAUAAUCAAUAAAAACAUUUUUCACACAAUUUUAUUUUUUAUAGGGCCAGCAGGCCCUGCUGCCCCUGACGGCCCACCACUGUCUAAUACAGAUGAGCUUUCUUUAGCAUCAUAGAAAACAACAAAGCAAGUAUGAAUGUUUUGUGACAGAAGGUCUCUGCCUUGGUUGUAAGAUAUUGUUUGCUGAGGCAUUUUAUCUAGCAGAUGUCCACAAAAGUGCUUUAUGUUUAUUUUGUUUGGUUACCUUCUCCCAGCCAGUGAGAGGCACUUCCCAAGUUGCACACACACAACCAAAAAACAUUUAAAUUCCAUUCCAUGUCUGUAUCAAUAGAAUGACAAUAAUUUGUAAUGGCAUAAUAUACUGGGAGUGUCAACACGGUUGAAUACACUGUGAGGACAAAAAAGCCACAUUAGCUACACGUGUAGCAUUUUGUUUGAAUGUUUCCUGACAAGUUCAUAUUUGUGAAAUCUGUGAUUGAACAGUGACAGGAUCUUACACACGAGGCUGCACAUGCUGAAAUCCUUUAAUUUCGACAUGUGCAGCUUUGAUUUCCAAGUACAUUUUGAAUACUGUGCCGUGCGGCUGUAGUGAAUAAGAAGAAAUAUUAAAAUUACAUUCUUUAAUGACAAAUCUCAGGAGAAACUGCAAAUAUAUAACACAACAUAAGACAUUAUAUGGAACUAUUGUCAAACUUGUGUGCCUAGUGUUUGUUGUUGUUCCCUUGUGCUCCUAAUUUUCCCUCGUGUUUCCUUAUGUCCAUAUUUGGUGUUCCUGUUCCUGUCCCCAUUUAGUUCCUCCUGUGUUUGAUUAAUUACCUCAUUUAGUUCUAGUAUUUAAGCCCUGUGUUUUCCUAAUGUGGCUUUUGUGUCCUCACAGUGUAGUGUUAUGCUUACUCAACAGUGCUGACACUCUCAGUAUAUUAUGCCAUUACAAAUGAUUGUCAUUCUAUUGAUAUAGACAAGGAAUGGAAAUUUUCUUUUUUUGAUUUGUUGUGUGUCAUCCCUGAAUGUCUCCCUGUGUUCCUCAGCUUGUAUUCCUGAGUUGCUCUACAUUUGUGUUUCCCUUUGGAUUGUCAUUAAAGACUUUUUGAGUUUACUCUCCUACCGCUCCUCACUCCAUUGAAGUUGUGACCACUAUGAACAGAGGAACCAGACAAAUAACAAGAUAACCAGGUGGGUGUAAUCUAAUUAGAAACUAACUAGCAAACAGAACUCAGGCAAAGCACAACAUGGAACAGACUGAAAAAUGAAACAAAAGCAGACUAUACAGGUUACAAAUACAAGCAGGAAAUCAUUUUAAUUGUUCACUAAUGGCAGAACCAGAGAAGUGUCCAGGGUGCAACCCCAAAAUUUAAUUUGUUACUAGUAAUUUCAUCUUUUUUUUUUUUCAUUUCAUUGAAAGAAUCAUUUAUUUUCACCAUGUCUGGUUAGAGCCUACUUGAAUUAAGUUUAAGUUUUGCGUUUCCUGAACGAUUUUUAUGAAAGUCACUGUGUAAGUUAGAUCUUCAUCUUUUCGUCGUAACUCGACUCUCUCUUGAAUGUGUGUACAGCAAUUGCAGGAAGCCAGUGAUAAUAGUUUCUAAAGGUUUGGAAAGGAAAGGAAAGGAAAGGAAAGGAAAGGAAAGGAAAGGAAAGGAAAGGAAAGGAAAGGAAAGAAAGGGAGAGGGAAAGGGAAAGGGCUUCUUCCACUGUUGUUUCCAGAAACCCAGUGAGACUGACUGUGACACAUUAAAACAAAUAAUUCUAAUUAGAUGUUCUUGUCUAGUGCAACAUUCCUAUGAGCGUCCUGACUAUACUGUUUUCAUUUGACCAGAAAAUCUGGUUUUGGCAUCAUCACUACAACAUUUCACAGGCUAAUUAUCUGUAUACAGUCAGUCUUUUCUCAUUAUGUCUGGGGAUUCUGUUUUUCCCUUAUCCUUUUCCCACGAGUUUUUCUCACUGCACAUUACUACGAAACAGCUCUAACCAUAGAGACACCUUGAGGUGCAUAACCAAACAGCUAAUUGGAAUUGAAAUUGGAAUGUACAAAUCUUUUGGAUCCUUAACAAUGAAUAAAUGUAACGACAACUUCAAGCCUGCCCGAGACAGCAGAAUUUACAACAGGACAGCAGUUCAGAACAACAACACUCAGCUCUUGCAUCAGAGACAGUGUUCAUGGCUCAAAAGGAAUGUGUGACUUUGGCCCAUAUUUCCACUGCUGCUCAUAUCAGUAUGUUUCUCUGACGUCAUGCAAAUGCUUCAUUAUCUAACCAUGUCUAAGUGUUAUGAGUCUAUAUGUAACACUGAUGUACAGGUGCAUCUCAAUAAAUUAGAAUGUCGUGGAAAAGUUAGUUUAUUUCAGUAAUUCAACUCAAAUUGUGAAACUCGUGUAUUAAAGUAGUUUAACCUUUUCAGUGGUGAGUUUAAAAUAUUCCAGCGGUCCCCCCAGAGUGAGUUUUUUUUAGGCGACCGUUAUUUUAGAACGUUUCCCCUUAAUGUUUCCAUGGCGACGCGUCAUGAUUGUCACGUGACACACCGCGCCCACAAUAACACUGUAUGACAGAUGUAUCGCUUUUAUUUCGUUUUUCCUUUUUUAUUCAAAAUAUUCAUAAACUUGCUUACCAUAUAAUCAACUAUCUGAUAUUCCGAUUCACAAAUAUGUGCAAAUGAGUGUGUUUUAUCGUUUAAAAACAGUUCUAAAUGAUCUUGAUCGUGAUCUGUAAUGUGAGAUGGGCGCCGCCAUGUUUGUUCGCGCGGCAGUUCAGAGAGUCCUGUCAGUCGGAUUUACAUCACGUAAAUUCAUCAAUUUCUCGCAAAAUACAUGCAAUUGUGGCCGUGCUGUUAUGCAUCGUACUGCCAGCAACAGCAUCUGAUGUCCUGCGAUGCACAGGGGAGAGACAGCGUGACGGCCAGUUCUACUUCAACAUGACCUAUGACCUUAAAGAGGGUGUUGAUGACUGCGAGACCCAAUGGGUCAUCAAUGGAAGUGUGGUAGGAAUUUCUGAUGCUGAUGGAAUUACGGAGUGCAUGCUCCCACUUCUAAAUGCAACAGCAAACACAGCCAUCCUGCAGACCUGCCAUGAAAACCUGGAAUGCCUGCUCAUCUGCCCCUCCGCCGGUAUCAACAAAAAGGAAUCGUGCUCUUGUAAUAUCACUUCUCCAACUACACUUCCUGAAGUGGGUUUGCCUGACAGGAGCGUUGGUGUUUGGAUUGGAGCGAGUGUGCUUGGGAUUCUGUUGUUCUCUUUGAUUGUCACCAUUCUUUAUAAGAAAAAACAAAGGUCAGGAUAUGCUCUUUGUGGUCCAGGUCCCGCUGAAGAGGUUCUUUGAUUCGUCAACGUGGUUUUGCUCAGCUUGUCCGUGAACAACGGCUCUGUGUGGUAAAUGCAGCUCUAUAUGAAAUCACCCACGUGAUGGAAAUUACAGCUGAUUACAGAACCGGCUUUACUGACAAGAUGCACAUUAAAUAUCGUAUGCAAGAUAUCGUGCAGGCCUAGUACAAACAGUAGUGAAUACUGCUAAAAGCAUUUCCCAUUCCUUUUUAUUUAACCACAGAAGAAGUUGCAUCAUUGCACCUGGGCGUUCUUCAGUCUUCAGACAUUCAUUAAAUGCCCUAUUUUCUUUAAUAUGCCUAUAUUUUCAGUUCUGAAGGUGGACUUGUUCCCUCAAUGUCUAUGGUGGUUACGGCCCUGUUAUAUAGCAUUAGCUCUAUGUUUGCGCUGGACACAUUUAACAUGUCAGGGCUUUAUAGCUUUCAUGAUUUUGUGUUUGUCUCUUUAAUUAAAUCAUGACUAACUAACCUAAAUGAAGCUACAGGAUAAUAUAAUGGCAUUAUUUAGUUUUGUAUUACAGAACUUUAUAUUUAAAUAUGAAAUACCAAAUAUAUUUUACACUUUGUGUCCUCUUUUGAUGAGCACAAGUAAAAACAAUUGAAAUUAUUUUAUCAUAAAUACUUUUGUGUCUGUUAUGCAAACGGGCACAUUCAGUAUGUACAAGUUUAUAUUUGUAUAUGCAAUUAUAUCCAUAAAUAAAAAUAAUAAUAAUUUAAAUUAUAUUGUAAUAUAAAAUAUAUAAAACUUAAUAUAUAUAAAGUAUAUACAUUUAAUUAUAUUAUUUGUAUUAUUAAUAUAUAUAUAUAUAUCACUGGUCUAAUCAGUCUGUGGGAAAGAACUUGGUGGAUUGCGUGGCACUAUAUUGAGCAUAAAAUGUGUGUGAACAUAAAAGUAACUGUAUGACCAGGGCAAGUAUUUCUGCUGCUGUGGAAGCAAAAUGAAAUGAAAUGCUGUGGCAGUGAGUACACACAUCUAAUACAUUACUAGUCAAAUCCACUCAGCACCCGCCACUGCUUCAGAUCCGGCCUCAAAUAUUAACAAUUAAAAAAAACACACAAACAAUUAAUGUAAAUCCACAAUAACUACAUGAUAUACAUGUAUUAACAUUACAGGGGAGUGAGGGGCAAGGUUUGAAUCAAAAUGGUCACUAUGUGCUAUAUGCUAUCUGUGGAUAAAGUUCUUUCCCCCUUGUACUGUAGCCAUUGAUUUAUAUCCAUACAGUGUACACUAUCACUUUGUGGGAAAGGAAGAUGGCGCUGCUAGAUUUGAAAUAAAUGUAUGUUUAAAGCAUUAUACAUGUCAUGAAUGUUGUUUAAUAAUAUUUGCUUAGCUAUUGUAUUGCACAGAAUCACUAUACUCUUUGUAAUGACUUUUCUUUUAAGCACUUGAACUCCUUCUGUCUAGGUGCAAAAUAUUUUGGGGGGAUUUGUGUUAAUAAAACACUAUAUAAACAUUUCGAGCGUGUACCUGGUUUAUUUUUCUACACCUUUUUUUUAAACAGCAGCUGAGGGGAACACUUUAUAUUAUAGUAUUUGUAAUAUUAACAUUAAGAAAUGAUUUAAACUUUUAUAAUUAUAUUGAUUAAUAUAAUUAUAUUAAUUAACAAAUUGGUAUAGCCUAUUCAGCACACCCACAGACAUGGCCUUAUAUAUAAUUACUAUUAUUAUAAUUGCUGGGAAACUGUUUAUCAGAUGAUCAGAAUGCCGGAAUUCUGAAGAUGUAUGCAACCCCAUCAGAUUUUGCUGUCUCCCAUUAAAACAAGAGCACAAUUUGACAAUGAAAAAUACUACCUGUCAGAUUGUGUUUUAUUAAUAAUCACACCACCUUCUACUUUCUCCUCAUACUGAAUUUCUAUAACAAGCAAUUCACCAGAAGAAACCCGCUCAACUUUGUGUACGUUGAUGUUGACCUAUAUAUUCAUUACAUUUACCCAGAGCCCUUAGUGAGUGCAUCUUCAUUUUCUAAGUUCUCAAUUACCUUAAUGUUCUGAAACAAAACCUCUAAGACAACACUUUUCAGGUUACAGUUCGCAGUACAAGAAUAUGUAAAGACUUAAUUGUCUGUGAUUAUUGCAUUACCAGUAAUCAUGCUGCUCUAAACUGAACCUAAUUCUGGCUGAUAUUGCCAAUUUUGCAAAAGGAAAAAAAUGUUGACGUGGGUCUCUUCCACCUGUCAUUAAUGAAUAUAAAGCUUAUAAAUUCAUCAUGUAUUCCUCUUGUAUUCUAAGUAUGUCAUAUAAUGUGAAAGCCAUUUGGAUUGAUUUAUUGAUGCUGUGUCAGCUAAGCUGCAUGCAUUAUACACAUUAUGCUUUUGCAAUAUUCCAUUACUAUCUUAUCUUAGUAGCAUCACUACAAAACCUCUACCUUGAAAGCACUUAAACCCCUGCAGUCUCGUUAACUUGCUUUUCUAUGCCUCGGAUCGUUUUACAAAGUAUGCCAACAUUCACCUCAACAUUGAAGUCUUCUUAAAGUAGAAAAGAUAUGUCAUAUUUACAGCGUAACUCAAAAAGAUAUUGUUUUAAAUUUGAAGGUGAUACAUGCAACUUUAUGAUGUCUCUCCAUCCUCACUGAAGGCAAAAAGAAAGAAAUGGAUUUAUAAGAAACUUUAUCAGGCUGCCAAAAUAGAAAGUUUUUUAUUUUUAUUGCCUUGUGCGUAUUAACCAGUUACACUUUGGUACAUUUAUGUUAUGAAUAAAAUAAUACUCUGAUCAGGCCAACAAAGUAGUUCCAUGGCACCCAGAAACCACAGUAUUAGAUAACUGCAUUAAACAUUUUUUGCCAAAUAUUUAUGGAUAUAACUUGAUAUAAACCAACACAAAACAAGGGCAGUGCAGUGCUUGGUAUAAUAUGCAAUAUGUAACAUCCUAUGGAACAUUAUAUGGAUGUUUUACAGUUUAGAGAAUGCAUUGUUUUGUUUAAUGAAAGCAAAGACCAACUUAAAUUAAGUUUUGAAUUUAAGUUGAAUUUUUACAAUAUUUUAAUAUUUACAGUGCAUGCAAGUGUUUACUAUAGCUAACAAAUAAUGAACUUAAAUAUGAUUGAUAUAUCUACUGACCUGUUAAGAACACAGACAUACAGUAGCAGGAUGUUGAAUACUUGGAUACAACAAUGUUUGUCAAGUCAAAUGUUAAAUAAAAUGCAAAG